CAGAGAAUAUACUGAGACAUAACAGACAGAGAGCAUGAGAAAGACAUAUAGACGCACUUUGCUAUUCUAUCUGAAAGCUGAAAGGAUAGGAGCGCAUUUAACUCUGUAGGUAAAAUGAGCUUUGACUGACAGAAUAGAAUAUUUUGGCAACAGUCCUUUAUAUCUGACAUAAUUCCCAAACAAAGUUACAAUGGUAGACAGCGGGUAUCUAAAACAGAUUGAGUGUCAACAUAGAAGGCGUGGACGUGGCAUGGACAGAGCAUUACAUGGCUUAGUUCGUGAAGAAAACUGUGGAUUAUAUCGCAAAGUGCAAUACUUACAGUGAAGAAACGGAGCUGCCUGACGGUCAUGAGGAUGGCCUCUUGGGAAGAGAAUUUGGGUCAGCCCAAUCACUCUGUGCUGAAGAUGGAGGGGCCACCAGACCUGUCCAGCUCCCUCUUCAAUCUCAGCAGCAGUUAUGGGGGCACGGGGGCUUUCCUCUGGCUGUUUCCGUCAGAGAACAUCACAUGGACCACCACGAGGCCCACAAUCCAGCCAGUUGCCCCUCCACGGGUACGGGACCAAGCCUUGGCCCAGGCGGAGAUCGGGGUGCUGGGGUUGGUGCUUGCGCUUACUGCUCUGGGUAAUGGAUUUGUGCUGUGGGUGUUGCUGCGUAGGAAGAAACAUCACGCUCCCAUGCACCUCUUCAUGGUCAAUCUGUGUGUGGCUGACCUGGUAGUGGCCUUCUUUCAGGUGCUGCCACAGCUGGUAUGGGACAUCACAGAGCACUUCCAGGGCCCUGACGCUCUGUGCCGCUCCGUCAAAUAUUUGCAGGUCGUCGGGAUGUUUGCAUCCUCCUACAUGAUUGUUGCCAUGACUGUGGAUCGGCACUAUGCCAUCUGCUGCCCCCUGCAAGCAUAUCGCGGAGGUGCACCCUCUCGCUGGAACACCCCCAUUAUGGUUGCUUGGGGCCUGGCCCUUGUGCUCAGUUUGCCACAGGUGUUUAUCUUCUCACGGUCAGAGGUGUCCCCCGGGGUGUUUGAAUGCUGGGGCCACUUUGCUGAGCCAUGGGGUCUUAAAGCAUACGUCACCUGGAUGACUGUGGCUGUAUUUGUAUUGCCAGCCUUUAUCAUCACUGUCUGUCAGGUUCGCAUCUUCAGAGAAAUCCAUGACAAUAUCUACCUGAAGUCUGAGAGGGUGGUGACAGCAGAAUUUAAGAGAAACUCUGUCUUCUUCCACUUUGCUCAGCGGGAGGGGGGCAGGGGAAGGAGCAGAGAGAGAAACAGACAGAGCAGACACAGUCACCAUGCUGACAGCAGUCUCAGUCAAGCUCACUGCAGCCCCUCACAUCAUGCAGGAGAGGAAGCGUCCUCCUCAAGCCUUUAUAAUAGCCGCUCUCAUACUCUACCUUGUAGGAGCUCUAUCUGCCAGUCUUGCUUUGGGCCCCGCCCCUCUUCAGAAAGCUCCUCCCCUUCCAUCCAAACUCACCUUCAAAACACCCCAGCCCUCUCAGACCCCUCCCAUUCUCAGUCAUUAUCAGCCAAUAGCGUGUGUGCAUUGGCUGGACACCCAAAUAGCUCUGGAGCUUCUGAACUGUGGCCAAGUGUGCUUCCAGAUGCUUUUCCACUUCCAACUGACUAUUCGCACCCGCCGCCUCUCCCGCCUCUCCCAGGUGUGACUAAGGCCAUGUCUAAGACAGUGAGGAUGACUCUUGUCAUUGUGCUGGUUUACACCAUCUGCUGGUCUCCUUUCUUUAUUGUUCAGUUAUGGGCAGCCUGGGACCCCAACCCACCAAACCAAGGGGCUGCUUUCACUAUCCUGAUGCUUCUAGCCAGUCUAAACUCCUGCACUAACCCAUGGAUCUACACAGCCUUCUCCAACAGUGUGUCGCGUGAACUGCUCACACUGCUGCGCUGCCACACCGGAUCCCCACGCAGAGGUUCGCUGCCGGACGACUCAACCACAACUCAUACAUCAACCAACAUCAAGGACUCCAUAUACUGACCUCUGACCUGACUCUACUGCACACACACACACCAGCACAUGGCAAACACACCACAGACGUGACGGGCUAGACUCUGUCCCAAAUACCACUCUUUGCCCACGUGUUGAUGACAUAAUAGUGCAGCUGGGCUCUUAAACACCUUUUUAGAAUGUAAAAUGACAAAUGGGAUGCCCUACGGUCUUCAUGGACAAGUGCCAAUGGCACAAGUAUGCAAAAAGUGUGCUGUUUGGUUCGGGACUGGGGUAAUGUCCUGGCUGGCUACUUUAGAUUCAGGUACAUGGCGGUUACACAAUCUGAAAAGCGGAUACUGAUCUGUCAUCGACAGUGUUACAUCAAUUACAAAGACAAAAUUGCAUUGCCAUGCCCAGUGCAUUUUACAGACAGCUGUCCAUUCAGUUACAUGAGAGAGCAGACUGGAGUGAUGAAUCAAGAGGAAGGUUAGGAAGCAAAGGAUCGGAGGUCCUCCAUUCUUCUCCAUCUUUCUUUCAUGGAUGGUUUUCAUAGAUUAGGGUUGCAGGAUUAUAUCAGACUUAACAGUACAAAGUAAGUGUGGAAAAUGCGAUAGGAGGAAGAGAAAAAAGGAUGUGAACAAUGCAUACAGAAUGGACAAAAGGUUAUCUGGCUGUACUCCGGACAUCUUGCAGCAAGAUGCUGUUUACGGGAACAUUUAGGGGAACAUAUCUACCACCAGCAAGAAUGUUAUGAAAAUAUCAGCCUGAUUGUGGGAAUCAAACACAGUGGCAGCUUAGUGACACAGUGACUUUCCGAAUCAUAUUUAAUCUAUAUAUCAAAUGUAAAGCGUUCAGAAGACACUGUGAAUUGAAUUGGUCUACUACAGUAUUAGCUCUUAAAUGAUUAGAAGUGCUGGCAGUGGACAGAAAUCUACAUUUGACUACCGCAGAAGGAAAUCUCAUUUUCUGUGUUGGUCAUUUCUUUUUAUAUGCUUUGGGUGAGAAAUAACUUUUUUUACAGAAGAAACAGGGUAUUGGUAAAUGAACAGCAAUACACAGGUCAAUUUCCAAUAUAAAUAGUAGGUAGCAAAAUUUCAAAAGCAACUGUCACAGCUGAAAUCUCUAUUAUGUAUAUAUGUACACACUAAUCACUCAUUAAUUUGUCACUCUUUUAGCUCUACCUCUGGUAUUUGCUUGAUUUGUGUGUUAAUUUUUUUUCUCAUCUGGAAUCAGGGGACCAUUCACAUGCUUCACAGUAACUUAUUUGUACAGAAAAUAUUAUAAAUAUAACGAAGUGUUGAAGGUUUAAGAAAAAAUACGACAUUGCAACUUAAGCGCCUUAUUAUAAAAAAAGUAUUAUAUAUAUAUAUAUAUAUAUAUAUAUAUAUAUAUACACACAGUAUGUACAUGUAUGUUUCUAACACACAGAUUCUUGAGGUACUCAGUCAGUGCAAUUAGGAAUUCAGUAGUGUCUGUGCUAGUUUUAGGAGGCUACACUUUUGCAAAUUAUUAUUAUAAACACGUAUUGCAAUCAUAAAUUCAUUCUGGAAGUCCAAAACUUGCUUACUCUUAGCUUGAUAAGAAAUGAACUACCAAUUUAGUACAAUUUUUGUAGUUUUGAAAUGCAUUGACUUAUCACAUUUCAUGCUUGAUGACAAAAGGAUUGAAAUUCUUGCUGAUUGGAAAUGCAUUAUAAUUUUCCCCAUUUAACAAAAAAGCAACAAAUCACAUCAUUUCAUGAACAAUCAGUCUUGAUUGGGACAAAUAUACUGUUUUUCAAUAUAUUAUUGUCCAACAGUAUAUCAAUGACUGUGAUUAACUGUAAACUACUAACCAUUAUAUAUUAGUAAGUAUAGUGAUCAGAUAUUGGAAACAUUGAGAAAACUAACUGCUAGUGAACUUUUUGUUAUACUCAAUGCAUAAUGAUGAAUAAUCAUAAAAUUAUUUAGCACAUAUUUAAUUGACAAGAUGUGCAGUACCUAAAAUACGAUCAACAUUGUAAUAAAUUAUUUUUUAUAUCAAUUUACACUUUGUUGUUCUUUAUUUUAGUCCUUCAUAUUUUCUUAAGGUAACAUAGGACAUACAUAAACUUUGUGUGACAACUGCAGAAAAUGUUUUGCACCUCAAGAGCACCAUUUGUUUUAAUAAAUAGCUACAGUUGUAAGGCAGUAUGUGCACAACUCACUUGAAUAAGUUGAAGUCGAGUCUCAGCCAAUGGGUUUACAUCACUCACAUAAACUGAUAUCUAGUAAAAAGAAGCUUUGUCUAUAAGAGGAAAUAAAGUUUUGAGUCUUGACCAAUUCUAAAGGUACUUUUAUGCAUAAAACCUUCGGGAUGUUUACAUACAUGCAUUGCAAACAUUAUAGUUGCACUGUUCAUUUGAGAUAAAUUUUAAUUUUAUGAGAAUUGACUAUAGAUUUUAACGCUACUGUUCCUCAUCCUGGAUACUUUGUGGCAUGCAGAUGGCUGUUGUUGGCUGUAAACCUCCCAUCAUCUUUAAAUCAAACCAAAAACAUGACAGGCAUCUCUGCAUCUCAAAAGAGAAACCCACACUGCAGCUUGACUGUAUAAGGAGAUGCUUCUGUGUUUUAAGAAAAAGAAUUACCAGUUUAAUUCCAUCCGAUAUCUGAUCAUCACCAUCAGAGGACACUUGGAAAGAAAAGAUUAACUGUAAUGCACACCACAUUUUUACAUGUGUUUUAACUGGUUAUCCAAGCCUGUGGGGUCAACUCUUAAAGGGCAACAAGGGAUACUAUGAGCGAACAGAGUGAAAUGGAUAGAGACUGGAUAUGUCUGGAAUGGAAUACUAGCUUACUGCUUAAUGAAUACUGUGUGUAGCAAGGUUAUUUUCGUAAACGAAAUCUGAAACUAAGACUAAAACUAUUGGUCAAAAAACAUUUUCGUAAACUGAAAUAAAAUUAAAAUUUCUAAAUAAAUGAAAAACUAAAACUAAACGAAACUAACAACAGUAACUGAAAAACUAACGAAAAUAAAAUAAUAAUUAGCAAAAAUAAAUAAUCGUGUUCGUGAUUUAAUAAGCUCUCAUUCUGUGCCAGAAAAUCGGUUGUUUAGGGAAAUAGACGACGCUUCGUGCACGUGAGCUGCGUCCUAAACGGGUAUUCACAGAGAAUACGUUUUUGCAUUUAAAAAACAAGACGCGGGUUAUGAAAUGGGAAUUAACUAUAAAAUAAGAAAUAAUAAUAAUGCACACCUUACAGCGCACGAACGUUUAAAAGCGUGCUUGACGUGCGAGAACAACAUGAGAGUGAGUUAACAGACACAGAAUUAAAAGUUUUGGAUGAGCUGACUUUAGUGAAGAGUCAUUUUGUCACGCUUUGCGAUUACUAUGGUAACGUCCGCCUCGACUGUAUAAAACACACAUCCGAAAUGAGAGAAAGCGAUAGCCGCGCUGUGUUUCUGUGUAAAGGGGCUUUAGAACUGGGAUUUAUUGCGUUGCUCAUCUGAAGCGCGUGCGCGCUGGAGCGGCUCGUCAAAGUAAAGUGCAAACAUCAUUUAAAUCACCAUAUUGCAUUUAUUUUUGAGUAGUAUGAGGUUUCAACGCAUUUUAUUUUGUUUCUUCUUCUUGUGUACGUUCAUAGAGGGAGACGGGACACACAGUAGUGUGCACCGGUGGUUCAUAUGCAAAAAAUCCAACAAAUGAAUGCAUUGAAAACAGAUGGACAAAAAUAAAGUUUACAGAGUUUCAAUGACGAUUGCAAACAACAAGCCUGCGUCCCAAUGUGCACACUGUCCAUGCUAAAUUAUAUGUGAUAUUAGUAAUUUUAAAUACUAUUUAGGGCAGAUAGGGUGGAUAGUAUGCACAUUGGGACCCAGGGCAUGUUUCCUCAAAUCCAGCACUGGAGGGCCAUUGAUCUGCAGAAUUUAGCUCCAACCCUGAUAAACACUCAACUGUCUGAUGUUGUCUAACUCUGAAAACCUUGAUUAGCUUGUUGUUUGUAUACUAUUGGCAUAUUAAACAAGAUUACAUCUUUAAUAUGAAUGAAUAUGAACAUGAAUAUGAAUUAAUAAAUUGUAGGCUAUACAUAUAAGUUGCAUAUUUUUGAUAAAUUAUUUAAAGAAUCAUUUCAUUUUCAAUAUUAAGAGGUUUGCACAAGAGUUAACUGUAAACUGCAAACAUUCAACUUUGCUAAAAUUAAAUGUCUUGUUUGGUCUACACUGGAAAAGUGUUCCAUUAACUCUGUUAAACUAUAAUUACUAAAACUAAAACUAAAAUAUAUAAAAACUAAAUAGAAAUGCGUUCACAAAAUAAAAACUAAACUAAAACUAACAAAACCAUUAACGGAACUAAUUAAAACUAAACUGAAAUUAUAGGAAAUUUGAAAACGAUAUUAAAAUAAAAACUAAUUAAAAAAUUCAAAACUAUAAUAUCCUUGGUGUGUAGUGCUGCAUACAAUAUGAUAAUUAUAUAUAUAUCCACAAAAAAACUAAAUAAUUGGGGGUCAGUAAGAUUUUAAAAUAUUUUAAGUUAUUAUGCGCAUCAAUAAAAAUACAGUAAAACAUUCAUAUUUUGCAAUAUUAUUACAACUUAAAAUAAAUGUUUCUAUAAUAUAUUUAAAAAAAAGUAAUUGAUUCCUGUGAAUUUUCUCCAUUACUCCACUCUUCAGUAUCACAUGAUCCUUCAGAAAUAAUUCUAAUAUGCUGAUUUUCUGCUCAAUAAAUAUUUCUUAUUAUUAUCAGUUGAAAACAGUUAGGCUGCUUAAUAUUUUUGUGGAUUUUUUUUUUUUUUUGUGGAAAACAUUCAUUGUUUCAGGAUUUUUGAUCCAUAGAAAGUUGAAAGGAACAGCAUUUAUGUGAAAUAUAAUAAACUGUCACUUUUCACCAAUUUAAUGCAUCUAUGCAGAAUACCGUUGAUGUCUUCAGUUAAUAUAUAUAGCAGCCUGCUAUCUCGCUUUCCCUUCUCAACAAGACAAAAAAAGGUGAAUGUUUUAGAUUGUUACACCACUCUUCAUGUCUAGAAUCGGAGAUCUGAGAACAGCUGCAAAGGGUAUUUUUGGAGAUUGGCUGCAAAAACGCACUUACAUCAGAGGCAGUAUUUGUGGUCUAUCUAUGCAGACCCUUUGGGGCUCGUGCACUCCAUACUGAACUCACAAACCAAUAUCUGUUAUCCCACUUUACUCAAGCUCAUAUGACAUAUUGUUAUUGCUUGUGCAACAGACUGCCAGCUCACACACUUAAAUCAAAUUUUCACUGCAAACAAAAAUACUGAUCUCUAUAUCCAUGACUGUGUACACAUUUUGAUUUGAGUUUGAUUAAUUUGCAUAGUAGUACACUUUGUUGAUGUAAGACCCAAUCUUUCUAGCCUGGUAAUACCAAACUCUGCUACUUCGCUUUGCUCCGUAGACAGAAGUGAGUACAGAAGCGAAAUGAAAUUGAGCGGAAGUACGAAGUCUGACGUAGUCAGGCUACAAUCUUUCUGCUAAUGAUUUAAAUUAUACAGCUCAGCAUUGAACUGGUAACUUGAAAGUAUGAACUAUUCAUAAGAACCAGCUCGUUAGAACGCUUUAGUAUAUAAUAAUUAGGAGAUAAAAAGUCAAAAUUAUGAUACAAAUCAGAAUUAUGAGAUUAAAGAGUCAAAAUUAAGAGAUAUAAAUUUAUAAUCAAGAUAAAAAUGUUGACUAUAUCUCCAUUUCGGCUUUAAUCAUUAAAUGACUAAAACAACCACGGCUCAGAGUUAUUCAUGAAUCACUUAUGUUUUUAAUCUUAUAAAGAGUCGCGUUAAUCCAAAUACACUCGCUGUGUUGUUUGUUUUCAUGUCGAACUGUAAGAUGUUUCUUGCCAUUAUUUUGUAUUACACCGUGUUUUUAUAAAACUGCUAACUCAGCUCUGGUAAAAUAAUGUGUGACCCUGGACCACAAAAACCAGUCAUAAGUGUAAAUGUUUCAAAAUUGAGAUUUCUACAUCAUCUGAAAGCUGAAAAUAAAUAAGCUUUCCAUCAAUGUAUGGUUUGUUAGGAUCGGACAAUAUUUGGCUGAGAUACAACUAUUUGAAAAUCUGGAAUCUGAGGGUGCAAAAAAAAUCUAAAUAUUGAGAAUAUCAUCUUUAAAGUUGUCCAAAUGAAGUUCUUAGCAAUGCAUAUUACUGAUCACAAAUUAAGUUUUGAUGUUUACGGUAGGAAAUUCACUAAACAUCUUCAUGGAACAUAAUCUUUACUUAAUAUCCUAAUGAUUUUUGGCAUAAAAUAAAAAUGGAUUAUUUUGACCCAUACAAUGUAUUUUUGGCUAUUGCUACAAAUAUACCCCAGCGACUUAAGACUGGUUUUGUGGUCCAGGGUCACAUAUUUGUUUUGCUGUGUGGCUUUUAAGAUUUAGCAGCGAUGGCAUGGAUUCAACAGCAGGGGAGCUUUCAAAAUCAAUAUACCAGCCCUAAUCAACACAUAAAUGUGUUGUAAUCCAUGAUGACAAUGACCCUUAUGUGUUAUUUAACCCACAAACACACAAUACUCUGCUGUACAGGGAGCAUUAAUGCACAGUGCAAUAACUGAUCCACCAAGGGUUCUGCUGAACAGGUUUAGACUGGGCAUGGUGUCAGGCUCCGUGAACAGAAAAUGAGUGGAAUCACAAGCUGUUAAACUAUUUCCUCACUGAGAUCAGUCUCUGUACCAAAAAGGACAUUAUGAAAGAGAAAAAGGGGGUUACGGAGUGUGAGAAGGAAAAACUAAAUAUGCACACAAUGCGCAAUUACCAAUCUCUUCUGCUAAUCAAAAACAAACCAGAUGAUGGAGGGAGAAGAGCUGGUAAACAAAAUGUUUUAGGUCAAUAAAAAGACAGAUGAUGAUCUAUAAUGGUCUAAUUGCAGAUUCAGGCAAGGAGAGUGGAAAAGGAGAACAAGUAGAAAGGACAAAACCUAAAGGUGAAAACAAGGACAGCGUAGAGAUGGAAGAAUUCCGCCUGCAUAAAUUCCUAUAUAUUCUCAUAUUGCGCUGACACACAUACUUGAGCAAUGGAACAGUCUCUUAUUAUUCUGAGGGAGACAUUGAAAAUCAAGACUUUUUUUUUUUACUCUUUAUGGAUACAUAAAUCUGGCUAGAUAUUUGGAGAUAUGUAGAUCUAGAAGGUUUUCUGAGCUGAAGUGCAUGAGGUGACGAAAACAAAUGUAUUCUCCAGUACUAGACAUUUAAUAUGUAAAUUAACUUUGCACUAAUGAAAACUGAUAUGACAAAUCUUCCUUCUUAUUAUCUUGAAUUUUAAGAUAAAUGCUUCAGCCUACAUCUGUCCAUUGGCAGAAGCUGAAAAAAUCUGUUUCUGAUCAUGCACAUUUAUGACCACUGUUCAUUCGUUCUUUUUCAGUUUUCCCUUUGCUCAAAAACCAAUUGCCAUAUGCUCAAAAAAUGCAUUGUUUAUCAUACUCAAUUUAGCCAUCAAUUACUGCAUCUGAGGUUCAAAAGAGGUAAACUAAAGCAGCAUGAUGUUACGCAGCCA